UCAGUAAUGGAUAUAAUGUACGUGGCUUUAUCAAGAUAUUACAGUCGCGAUUUCAAGGGUUGUAGGAAAAUUUGUGAAAAACUUUUGAAAAGCGAUCCUGAUAAUGAAGUGAGCACAAUUUAAAAUUUAUCCGCUUCUCAUUAAUGGCAUGUUGGCUUUUGAAUAUGAGAGCAAUCACGGAGGAUAUGAUUGGUGAAGACGAGUUUUACUCGGAGUUUAACCUUUUUGAUGUCGCUUUCCAUGAUCGAAAUCCUGUCGACAGUCGUUUUCUUUGUUUCUCGUCAGAUAAUUCCAAAUCAGCUACCACUAGUUUAAGUCGGGCUGUACGUCCAUCAAAUCUAACCAGUCGCCCAUUAACAGGUGUUUAUAAUACAAACAGUACAGAGACCUAUACAAAUUCUAUCGAGACAGUUAUUCGUAACACUUCAAGACCUAUAACUGCUCAUUAUAAUAAAUGCCAAAGAAAACGAACCACUGCUCAGUUAAGUAAAGAGCCCGUUCAUAUAAGUCGUUUGAAUUUAGCGAAGUAUACUCAGAAUUUAGAAAUAGCAUGCUCUUUAUUCGAAUAUUUAUUCUAUGUUGCUAAAGAAUAUCGUGAAUCGCUCAAUUUGACGAAUUUAAUAUGUGCCACUAAUAACAAGGCCAGUAAUCAGGUAUCGAAAUUACAGUCGAAUCGUUUAUGGUAUAAUGAACCUGUUGAGGUAAAUUGGUGGUGGUAUUUGCAGCAAGCACGUUGUUUAUAUUGUCUAGGACUUAAACGAGAAGCUGAAUGUUCAGUCAGUCAAUCAUUAGAAUUAAAUCCAAGUAUAGAAGCAUAUACACUUCAAGCAUUUGUUGCAAUACAGCUUGAUCAGCCCGGUCGUGCACUUGGCAUUUAUGAUAAAGGUUUGGAAAGAUUUCCUCAUGAUAUUGAUCUAUUAACUGGUAAAGCUAGAAUAUAUCAGAAGUUAAACAAUGCUUCACAAUCGGUUGCUUUAUACAAGGAAAUAUCUCAAAUAGACGAUAUGAAUGUUGAGAGUUUGGCUUCAAUUGCAAUGCAUUAUUUUUAUGAGGAUGAACCAGAAGUUUCACUAAAGUAUUAUAGACGUAUUCUACAAUAUGGAUAUGAAUCAACUGAAUUAUAUAAUAAUUUAGGAUUGUGCACAUUUUAUACUCAACAAUAUGAUCUAUGCUUAUCAUUUUUCAAUCAAGCUAUUGCACUAAGUGAUACAACGAAUUUAGCAGAUAUUUAUUAUAAUCUGGGACAUAUAGCAAUUAAUAUUGGAGAAGUUCAAAUGGCCUAUCAUUGUUUAUAUCUCUCUAUUAUGAAUGAUAAUAAUCAUGCAGAAGCAUACAAUAAUUUAGGUGUACUAGAACAAAAAAGUGGGAAUAUUGAUAUGGCUAAAGAAUUAUAUAAAACGUCAUGUCAGUUAACCUUUGAUUUAUUUGAACCACAUCACAAUUUAGCUUUUCUAACAGAAACUCUUGGUGAAUUACAAACAAGUUAUAAUUUAACAAAAUAUGCAUUAAAUUUAUUUCCUAAUCAUAAAGAUUUACAAAAUCUAUUAUUUCGUUUAAAAGAACAUUUUACUUCAAUUUGAUGAUGAUGUAAUACAUAUAUAUUUGUGAAAAUUAAAACAAAAAAAUAUAGAAUAUUCAUUUUUGUAUUACUGAUUAAAUGCUUA